AUGUUUUCGAUCAGCAAUAUUUCAAUUUUGGAAGACAAUAAGCAACCUGCCUUCAAGGUCUUCAAACCUUGGUGGGACACUUUCAUGGAUUACCUGACUAUUAUUAUGUUGUUGUUGGCUAUCUUUGGUUGCAGCAUUCAGCUUUACAUGGAUGAGACUUUCUGUUUGCCACAUCCCAAAAAUAAUGAGAUUAGUGCACCCAUGCUAGAUACUCAAGGAAUGUCUGAUAUCAGUGCCAAUCCAGAAGUACUUAUGAAUCCAGAUGCAUUUCCUUCUGUCCGCCAAGGGAGGGUUACAAAGCUAUACGUUUGGCAGUACUGGUAUAUCAAUCAAAUGUGUUAUAGUCAAAUUCCCUGGUUUACUAGGUUCUUCUCUUAUCUAAUUUUAUUCCACACAGUUGUCCUGAUUACCUGCAGUAACUUCUGUUUCACAUAUCCUAAAACAAGCUCCAAAUUGCAACAAUUUCUUGACAUCCUUCAAAAGUGUUUUCAGUCACCAUGGACAUCCAAAGCACUAUCUACAGCAAUCUGUGUAGAUGCCAGUGAACAGGAAGAAGCCUUGGCAUCACCAAAGACCACUGAAAAUGACAAUGAUACCAUCAGUACUAAAGGAGAUACAUCAACUAUUAAACUUCCCACACGUAUUCACUCAAACAUGACCAUACCUGGCUCAACCAUGGACAAGAAGGAUGCAGAGCAAGCCAAAGCUUUGUUUGAGAAAGUAAGGAAAUUCAGAUUCCAUGUUGAAGAGAAAGAUACAAUCUAUAAAUUAUAUGCUGGCCAAACAUUGUUCAAAACAAUACAUUGCUUAAUUAUUAUUGGUUACUUUCCAGCUUAUAUUUAUGUUAUCAACUUUAAUAAUUUAUGUGAACCUAAUGCACUAAAAUUGGUUUUUUACAAGACUUUUGAUUGUACUUAUAGCACUGCUCGUUUCAUCGGGAAAUUGGCCCUACUGUAUCUAGGUUUGGUGAUAAUCUAUUGGAUACUUGGCAUCCACACAAUAUGUUGGGUUUUCAGAAAACCUCUGAAAAUAUACUCCUUUGAGAAACGAGGCGAAAGCCAGUUUGGUGAUAUCCCUGAUGGAAGAAAUGAUUUUGCCUUCUUGUUGCAUUUGAUUGAUCAGUAUGACACUCUGUAUUGCAAACGUCUUACAGUCUUCCUCUCAGAAGUGAGUGAACAAAAAUUAAAAUUAUUAAGUUUAAAUAAUGAUUGGACUUUGGAGAAGGUGAAGCAACAUGUAAAAAAAACUAAGAAGGAUCAGCUUGAGUUAUACCUCUUCAUGCUAUCAGGAAUUCCUGAAUCUGUCUAUGAAGUUCCUGACCUACAGGUCUUAAGGCUGGAGCUUUGUAGCAAUGUUAAAAUAUCCAACAAAAUAACCCAACUUGAACACUUGGAAGAAAUCUGGCUCUCACACUGUGUGACCGAAGUUACGCCAUCAGCUUUGAUGUGGCUGAGAAAUCAACUGAAGAAAGUGGGAGUUAAAUAUGUGAGCCGUGAUGAAAUCCCCGAUUGGAUCUACAAACUGAUCCAGCUGAAAGAGCUAUACCUAACUGGAAAGCUGGCCAUUGAGAAAAAAGCUCUGGAACUGGAAACCAUGAAGGGUCUUCGCUCUCUGAAAGUCCUUUAUCUAAAAACAAGUCUUUCUAAAAUACCCUCCACUAUCAUCGAUGUUGCGUUCCACUUAAUCAAACUUUGCAUUCAUAAUGAUAAGACCAAGCUCUCGAGCCUGAGUAUCUUAAAGAAAAUGGUAAAUCUGACUCAAAUUGAACUUCACAACUGUGAACUGGAUAAAAUCCCAAGUGCCACUUAUGCUUUAUCCAAACUUCAUGUCUUGGACCUUAAAGGUAACAAUCUUACCAAAAUUGAAGAAAUUUCCAACUUACAAUAUCUGCAAAACUUAACCUGUUUGAAGUUCUGGUUCAACAUGAUCAAGACCAUCCCUUCAACAAUUAAUUCAAUCAAGAAGCUUGAGUAUCUUUACUUAUCAAACAACCAGAUUGAGGUUUUACCAAAAGCCCUUUUCACUAUUGAUAAACUGCAUUACUUGGACAUACACAGCAAUAACAUUUCUGUAAUUCCAAUAGAUGUUGGGAACCUCAAAAACCUGUAUUAUUUGGAUUUGGGUUACAAUAAAAUAGAAACUCUACCAGAUCAGCUUUUCAAAUGUAUCAAGCUCAUGACUCUGAAGCUAAGCAAUAACUUAAUCUCAUCCGUCAGUGGGAAGAUUGCAAAGCUCAGCCAACUAUCUCAGCUGGAACUUCAAGGAAACCUCUUGGAAAAACUCCCUGUGGAAAUAGGGCAAUGCCCAAUACUGAGGAUUAGUGGACUUCUGAUAGAACAGUAUGUUAUUGAGUCACUUCCUUUAGAAAUACGGGAAAAGAUGGGUGGUGGUCAGAUCUAA